GAAUUAAUUUUUAUUUAAUGAAUUGUGCUUUUCUUCCUCAGUUCAAACAUUUAAUAAAAAAACAAGAUGAAAAUAUGGGCAAUCAAAGAAAUUUUUGCAUUAAUAUAUAAGAAUGUUAUAUUGAUGAAUAUAAAGUAGGGAGGUGGGAUAAAUGGUUCAAUUAAUGUGGACAUAAAAUAACCUAAUUUGAUUAUCAUUAAAUCUUUUUAGUGAUGGUCGAUUGUUUGAUGAAGCAGGUCUAGAUAUAGAGAUUGGAAAACGAGUUGAUUAUUUUGAAAGAUUUGAGAAUGAUUCCUAAGUAACAUAUUAUGGUGCAUAUGUAAAAUGAAACAACUAAGGAUAUGAGAUAUUUAAUUUCAUGUUUUGAGAGUUGCAGAGAAUUUGAUUUGCCUAGAAAAUUAGACAAAAUUGAUUAUAUCUUCAUCAAUAUUACCUAGAUCUUUUUUCCAAUAAAUUAACCUUAUCUGAAACUAAUUCAAUUAAAUCUUCACGCAAUUUCAAAUUCCCUAUAAGUAAAUAAAGUCAUCAUCAAUUAUAGAAUUCUCAGAUACUUACAGUUGCUUAUUUUAAUUUAAUCAUCUCAACCUAUCAUAAUGAAGUUGUUUGUAAUAAAAAUAAGAAAUUUCUAAUUUCUGAAUUUAUUUAUAUCAACAUUAAAAUUAAUUAACAUGAUUCUAAGAAGAGACUAUGGUGUUAUCCCAUGGUAAAUAUAUGGAUACAAUAGUUACCUACUUUUUCUUCUUCAGAAUACAGAUUAUUAUUACAUUAUAAGAAUCAUACAAUAUACAUUUUUCAUCACUUCUUUAUGCUGCGGAGGAUUAACAUUCAAGUAUUUGUGUCACUUCUUAACAAAUUAUAUUUUCCUUUAAUUUGACAAAACUAGUCCUUUUGACCUUUUGGAUUUUCUUCCUGAAUUUUAACAAUUAGAUAGCUGA